AUGGAAGGCAAAUCUGCUGUCCCCUGCCUCAGCUUGUCCCAUUCUGAGUCUGUCACACUUAAUGCAGAAUUCUGCUCCGCAUCCCUGACCUCACUUCAUGGUUCCUUCAAAGAUGCUGCUGCUGUUUACAACGACUUCACUGUUGACAAGUCAGGGUCUGCACCAUGGCGGCACACAGUCCAAGGCCAACUGAAAAAAGAGACUUUCCUUUCCUACAACAGUAUCAAUGACUGCCAUGUCUUUGGUGUUCUGGGGAAUACACUGAAUGCCAGGAAGAUCUGUGAAGAACAGGUUGACACUCUGAAAGAUGGAGCUGACCUGAUCAAAAGAGAUGGACUUUUCAAUGCAUCCUGGGACAUUGACCUCGAUGGACACAAAAUGCUGCACUUUGACUCAAGCACUGGGAAACUGACUGAAGUUGGUCCUGGAUCCAGGUGGAUGAAAGAGAUGUGGGAGGAAGACAGGGCUGUGACCUCCUUCUUAAAAGUGACCUCACAGGGGGACUGCAGGGCCUGGCUUCAGGAGAUCAAGUUACACUGGGAGGAAAAGCUGGAGUCUACAGGUAACAGGAAGAAUGGGAGGAAACUCUCUGCAGAUGAGAGGGGUGUGUGUCUGUGUGUGUGUGUGUGUGUUUGUGUG